AUGGGUGCGUGUAUGAGUUCAAAUAACGAGGAGGUGGACCAAAAGAAGAAAAGCCAGGCCAUUGACCGGCAACUGGAGGAGGAUUCUAGACGACUUAGGCGCGAGUGCAAGAUUCUUCUUCUUGGUUCCGGCGAGAGCGGCAAGUCGACGAUCGUUAAGCAGAUGAAGAUCAUACAUCUGAAGGGAUACUCCGAAGACGAGCUUUAUAAUUACCGACCAACGGUCUUUAAGAACCUUGUCGAAUGCGCAAAAGCUGUCAUUCUCGCCAUGCGCCAGUUCGAGCUAGAUCUUUCUACCCCCGAGAACAAGGAAUACGCCGACUUUCUCAUGGACUACACAGUCGAAUCUGGUCCCCAAGCACAUAUUGACCCGCAGAUUGGCCUGGCGAUACAAUCGAUAUGGGGGGACCCGGCAAAAGACCAAUUGAUGGAGAGACAGACCGAGUUCUAUCUAAUGGACUCAGCGGAAUACUUUUUCCAGGAAGUCAUGCGAAUAGUUGCGCCAGAUUACCUCCCCAGUGAGAUGGACGUGCUCCGAGCUAGAACCAAGACGACAGGCAUCUACGAGACACGAUUCCAGAUGGGCCAACUCAGCAUCCACAUGUUUGAUGUCGGAGGUCAGCGGAGCGAGCGGAAGAAGUGGAUACACUGCUUCGAGAAUGUAACGUCGAUUAUUUUCUGCGUUGCCCUCAGCGAGUACGAUCAGGUGUUGCUAGAAGAGAGCAGCCAGAACCGCAUGAUGGAGAGCUUGCUCCUUUUCGACUCCGUGGUCAACUCGCGGUGGUUCAUGAGGACAAGCAUCAUCCUGUUCCUAAACAAGGUUGACAUUUUUAAGCAAAAGCUUAACCGAUCGCCGAUGGCAAACUACUUCCCGGAUUACUCGGGAGGCAACGAUGUCAAUAAAGCAGCCAAAUACUUGCUGUGGCGCUUCAACCAGGUCAACAGAGCGCACCUGCACCUCUAUCCCCAUCUCACUCAAGCGACGGACACGUCAAAUAUCCGUCUUGUCUUUGCAGCGGUCAAGGAGACAAUUCUCAACAAUGCCCUGAGAGACUCGGGUAUUCUCUAA